UAUGGGUAAAAGAACAAGGUUCCAGGUAGAUGAUAAGGCUCAGUUAAUCCUGGAAGUCAAAAGAAAUUCUGUUAGUUCCUCAGAUGUAGACUGUACACAAGUGGAGGUCUCACAUACUAACUCCAGUCUUCCAAAGGACCUGAAUCUAGAUGAUGACACUAUUCUAAAUGCUAUCAGCUUUACAGAUGGGGAUGUAAAAUCUACCCAGGUAUCUGCAACAGAACAGGCUCUUAUUCUAGGAGUCAUGGAAGAUUACAGAAGAAGUCGGGCAAGUCAUGAUGAGUUAACAGAGGAAGAAGUUCAGGCUUAUCUUACAUAUGUUCUAGGUCAGAUGAGGUCAUGGAGUGUAGGUGUGGCAGGGUUGCUAUUGAGGUCAAAGUUAGAGAAGGGUAGCAGUCGGAGAUUAGAGAGAUCCAUGAGACAAAUUGAGGAGUUGUUUAAUCAGACAAUGAGGGAGGAGCCAUCUGCAGGUCAGAGGUCACAUCUUUUCUACGCUGUAAAGAUAGUUCCUGUCUGGGAUAUGCAGAAACAACUAGCUGAACUAUUGUUGGCACUGGGUGCUAUUGGUUCAGCUUUACAGAUCUAUGAGGAGCUAGAGAUGUGGGAGGAAGCUGUGGCCUGCUACCAGAGACUUGGUAAAUCUGAAAAGGCAGAGACAGUGAUAAGAGAGCAACUUGCUGUGAGAGAAACUCCAAACUUGUGGUGUUUCCUUGGUGAUAUAACACGCAAUAUUGAACAUUAUGAGAAAGGUUGGGAGUUAUCUAAACAUAGGUCAGCACGAGCUCAGAGAUGUAUGGGAUACUUGUACUUUGCUAAAGAACAGUAUGCAAAGUGUUUAGAAUGUUUUGAGAAGUCCCUGAAUGUUAAUGCUCUACAGGUACCAGUUUGGUUUACAUAUGGUUGUGCAGCAAUGGCAGCUAAAGAUUUCAAUCUUGCUGUGAGGGCAUUCCAAAGAUGUGUGAGCAUAGAUUAUGAUAAUUUUGAGGCAUGGAAUAAUCUGGCAUCGUCAUAUAUAAAACUAGGGAAAAAGAAAAAAGCAUUUAUGACGUUAAAAGAUGCAAUAAAAUGUAACUAUGAAAACUGGAGAAUCUGGGAAAAUUAUUUACUGGUUGGAACAGAUUGCGGGGAGUUUGGUGAAGUAAUAAGGGCCUAUCACAGAUUAUGUGAUCUGAAGGAGAAAUGGGUAGAUGAAGAGAUAUUGGGUAUACUUGUUAGAGCUGUUAAUGAGAACCUACCAGAUGCUCAAGGUAAUCCAGCAAAAAGAAUAGAACCAAAACUCCGUGAACUGUUUGGAAGAGUCACUUCAAGGGUGACUGAUAAAGCUGAAAUAUGGAGAUUGUACGCUCAGUUGUGUACUGAUGAUCAAGAUAAGAUGUUACAGUACCUUCAGAAAGCACAUAGAUGUGUGAUGCAGACAUCAAACUGGGAGAAAGAUAUAGAUCAGUGUCAUACUGUAGCCCAGCAGUCUCUACAACUUGCUGACAGCUACGUCUCAGCUAGUAGUGUGGCGAAAACUUCCACGCAGUCUCUACAGUUGAUGUCAUCAGCAAAAUUAAUGAUAAAAGGUGUUCUUCACUAAAAUUAAGCAACAACAUACAGAUCCUAUAACAGAGAGUAUACCAUCAGACAAGAUACGAGAUUUAUGUUCACAGCUACAAGAACAACUAGAUAAUCUUAUACACAAUAUAAAACAGUGAAAAUUUGGCUUAUGCCA